AUGGGCAAAGGAUAUAGCUCCCCAAGGAUAACACACGUCUUCGUGACAAACAUCACCCUAGUCGACCCAGCUGAGUCACGUCAGCAAGAAGAAUACUCGCGACUACAAACUCGCCUUCAACGUCCCGUCGCAUCGGGGGAUACAUCACAUCCUCGACAGAGAUUGCUCACAGCUCUCCAUGCCUUCCAUCGCUACAAAGAGCGCAAUCUAGCCGAGACGAAGCGAUGGCGGGAUUGGUAUAAGAAAAUCCCUAAGAAACAGCGCUCGAUCGUCGAAUCCACGAUUAAAUAUACCCGUAAACUGAAUACAGUGGACCACCUUUUCGAGACAAACGAGAAAUUAGCACAUGAGAUUGUCAAGCAUGGGAUGCAAUUCUAUAACAUUACCCAAACUGAAUUGGACAAAUUCAUCAAGGAGAAUGAGAAGCAGGGGGUCAAUACCGACAAAACGAGUGUCUCGCAGGCGAUGAAGCAUUUCGUGCGCGAUUGGGCCGAUGAAGGGUACGACGAGAGACAGGACGCAUUCCCGUGCAUUUUGGGUACUCUUGCGAAUAUGUCGAGAAAUCUCGAGCAACCGUUGCGGGUGUUACUACCCGGUGCAGGACUGGGACGAUUAGCAAAUGAGGUUAAUGCAUUAAGUGGCUUCGAGGUGACCAUGAACGAAUGGUCCAUGUACAUGAACCUCGCGUAUCGAUAUCUAUCCAGCCUGUCCAGCGCCAACAGCAAGACUUUCCAUCCGUACAUCGACUGGUGGUCACACCAGGCGACAACUAGUGAUCUGCAGCGUUCCGUCUCGUUUCCAGAUACAUUGGCUAGUCCCUCAGUCCUCCUGGUAGAAGGCGACUUUACUACGGUAUUUGCAGAAGAGACGGGGAAGUAUGAUGUGAUAGUCACGCUGUUCUUCAUCGAUACUGCGCGGAACUUGGUUUCUUACUUUGAGAAUAUCCAUCGACUACUCCGCCCCGGGGGCCAGUGGAUCAACCUGGGUCCGUUGCUAUACGGAAGUGCGCCCUUUUUGCAGCUGUCGCUGGAUGAGAUUGUGGCCUUAUCCGAGCACAUUGGGUUUACGUUCCAGGAGACGGACGCAUCUUGCGGAGAUAUAACAGUCCCUGGGAUGACAGUUCGUGGUAAGGAAGUGGCCUACGCCCAGAAUGGGAAGGGACUGAGCAAGAAUGCAUAUCAGGCGCAGUUUUGGGUUGCUCGGAAAAAUUCAAUGUAG